UUCAAUUCUCUGAAACGCCUCCUCUCAGUCGAAGUAUACUUAGCCACUUUCACAGUUGGUUGGUUCAGUUCCAACGCCCAUCAAUCAUGGCUUCCAACGGGGGUGGAGAGAUAGAUUUCAAAUUAUACCGCUAUACGCCCUCUCUUGUGGCUGCAAUCAUCUUCAUUGUUCUGUUUGUCCUCAUGACUUUCUAUCAUCUUUACCAGGUCGUUCGUACACGAUCCUGGUACUUUACAAUCUUCGUCGUUGGAGGAGCCUUUCAAAUCAUAGGUUACAUUUGCCGCGCGCUGGCCCAUAAUGACAAAGAAAACAUCUCACUUUACUCAGUUGGUACCAUCAUGAUUCUUCUUGCUCCUCCUCUCUAUGCAGCCUCGAUAUACAUGACUCUCGGCCGACUCAUUGUGCACUUGGGCGCUGAGAGUUUGAGCGUGGUGCCAGUAAAAUGGCUUACCACAAUUUUCGUCACCGGAGAUGUGAUCGCUUUCGUGAUGCAAGCAGCAGGCGGCGGGAUCAUGGCAAGUGGAACUAUCAGCGCGAUGACCACCGGCGAACACAUCACAAUUGGCGGUCUCGCUGUACAAUUGGUGUUCUUCAGCAUUUUCAUCAUAGCUUCAACAAUUUUCCACUACCGAAUUCGCAAUAAUCCCACCGAGAAGACUUUCGGCCUAUCGCGUUCAUCUAGGAUACUGCACAUGACUGCUUGGGAAAUCAUCAUGACUGGGCUAUACGUGGCCAGUAUUCUAAUUCUCAUUCGGUCGAUUUUCCGGCUCAUUGAAUACGCCCAAGGCAACAAUGGAUAUCUCAUCAGCCACGAGGUGUACCUGUAUGUCUUUGAUUCAACGUUAAUGUUCUUCACCAUGGUUGCGAUGAGUAUUUUCCACCCAUCCAAGGUCCUUUCUCAGUCAACGAAGCCACGACGUGCUUCGAGAAGGACGCAUUCAGCAAACACAGAGUUGCUUCCGACAAGAGAAGUCUAGAUUGUCAUUCGAUUUACGAACAAUGCUGCAAGGUUCUUGUCACACGAUGCUUGGGGUACAAGGCCUAGAAUCCUUUAAGUGAGCCAGAGGGCGGGUAUUGUUUUUAGGUUCUACAUGACUCUUUAUCGCCAUUAUGCC